UGACCUUGAUACUGCUCAGUCAGUCUGUUUCUGUUUUCUCUCGCUGCCACCAGGACCUCUAACCUAAAACACUUCACUCCUCUCACUAAACAGACCACCACGCUGCAGACGAGAGCUUUCACGACUCCUAAACUACACUCCGGCGUGUGCUCAGCACAGCUUAUGUGCUCAUUAGGCUUCGUCCAACUCCUCCAUGUCUUCCUGUGGCAGACUCACAUCCCCGGCGGCUCCCCGGCAGGCCUCUCUGUUCACCGCCUGAGCAUCAGUCCUCACGCCGCGGUUGGGUGUGUCCAGCUCGGCCAACAGAGGCAGCAUGUUGCCGGUGCGACGCUAGUAGCACUCUUAUGAUACAAAAGCUGUCAUAUCGGUGGUGAACUGUUCUAGCUUGGAUGUCAGUGCUACCGGAGUGUGGCUGUCAGAAUGAACGGCACUCAGCAGAGUGAUACCAAGAGACAGCACCUCCUGGAGAGGCUGCUGGAUGCUGUCAAACAGUGCCAAAUCCGCUUUGGAGGAAGAAAGGAGAUUGCCACAGACUCAGACAGCAGGGUGAUCUGCCUGUGUGCCCAGUUUGAAGCGGUGCUGCAGCACGGCCUGAGGAAGAGCCGAGGUCUGGCCCUCACCGCCGCUGCUCUCAAGCAGGCUGCGGGCUUCAGCACCAAGACUGAAGCAGAGUUGACUUUCUGGUUCUAUGUCAAGGAGCAUCUGAACCGCCACGAGCUCCAGCGUUUCUACUCCCUACGUCACAUCUCCUCAGAGCUGGGCCGGGGUCGUGCCUGGCUGCGCUGUGCCCUCAACGAGCACUCGCUGGAGCGCUACCUGCACACACUGCUGGCUGACCGCCCACGCCUGGGAACUUACUAUGAAGACUGGGCUUUUAUUCUCGAUGAAGAGAGAACAAGUAUGCUUCCCACCAUGGCUGCAGGUUUGAACUCCAUCUUGUUCGCCAUCAACAUCGACAACACUGACCUGAACGGAGGGGUGACGCGAGCAGGGGGCUCCUCGGUGACCCACCUCCUCAAGGAGUCCACGCAGGGCAUUGGCAGCCUGUGGAAAGAGUCGACCCAGGGGGUCAGCAGCCUGCUGCGAGAGAUCAGCACCGCCACGGCUGUGGUGCCCGGCUUCACCCCCAGAGUGGACGGGGCCUCAGAUCCGCUACCUGUCCUGCCACGCAGCAGCUCUGCUGACUCAGGACUGAGGAAAGAGCGCCGGAGGAAAAAGAAGAUCACCAACAUCAUUUCCUUUGAUGACGAUCUGGACGGAGGAGCGGAGGAUGAGGAGGAGGGAGAGGAGGACUCCCAGAAGAUGGGCGCGAUGAGGAAGAGCCACACUGCUCCCGCUCAGAGCAGCGUGGAGGAAGGUAUAGAUCCUUUAGAGCCGGUCUUCUCCGAGUCGCCGGCCCAGAACGGCGUGGACGAGCCGGGCAUAAUCAGCUGGGUGGGGUCCCCCCAUCCCUCUCGUACUCCACCCGCUACACCUCCUCUGCCUGACAGUAAGAGCAUAGACAACGAGGAGGAGGACGAAGAGGAGGAGAUGUACAAACCCAGAGCACAAAGCCAGGACGAGGAGAGGAGAAGCAGCUCUGAUCAGGUGGUGGUUGGCAGCCUGUCCAGCGUUUCCACGUGGAGCCCUCUACAGGUGAUGACCGAAAACAGCAGCUCGGACAUUCUCAUCCCUCUUAACCCUUCAGACCAUCAGCCAGUGAGCUCUGUGGAGGACACGGCCGCAUUUCCUGCUCAUUGUGAGUCAACAGGACCGGUGGGAAACUGCGAGAGCAGCAGGUCGCUGCUAACAUUCAAUAUGGAGUCCAGUCCGCCGACGCAGUCUGUUCCACUCUCCAGUGUGCUGCCAACAUCUGGUCUGCCAGAGUCCAUGACAGUGGUGGAGCUGCGUCAGGCCAUCGUAGCCAUGAUGAACAGGAAGGACGAGCUGGAGGAACAAAACACGUCUCUUCGCAGUCUGCUGGAUGGGGAGAUGGAGCACUCAGCCGGCCUGAGGCAGGAAACCGAUCUGCUGAAGCGGAAGCUGGCAGAGCUGGAGGAGAGACACACCGCCAAGGUUCAGGCACUGGCCAGGGAGAACGAGGUCCUGAAGGUCCAGUUGAAGAAGUAUGUGGGGGCGGUGCAGAUGCUGAAGAGAGAGGGAAGCCAGUGCAACGACGCCCUGUCGAUGUUGCCGUCGAGUGAAGACCAGGCCCCGGUCCCGCAGAAAAACUUCAUGGGCGACGUCGAGGAGCUGGCCGCCAGCUAUGAACGCAAACUCAUAGAGGUGGCCGAGAUGCACGGCGAGUUGAUAGAGUUUAAUGAGCGCCUGUACCGUUCCCUCAUGGCCAAAGACCACCUCAUUGUCCAGAUGAGACAGGAACUCAUUGACCUGAGAGGCCCGGUUCCAGGUGAUUUAAGCCAGACGUCAGAUGACCCCAGCCUGUCAGAUUUUGAGACGGCUCAUCGCGCUCUCAUCAACGUGUGGAUCCCCUCGGUGUUCCUGCAGGGCAGAGCUGCCAACGCCUACCACGUCUACCAGGUGUACAUCCGUAUCCUGGACAACGAGUGGAAUGUGUACAGGCGUUACACCGAGUUCAGGGAGCUCCACAACUACCUGAGGACCCAGUUUCCACAGGUGGACACCUUCAACUUCCCACCCAAGAAAGCCAUAGGGAACAAGGAUGCCAAGUUUGUGGAGGAGAGGAGGAAGCAGCUGCAGGGCUACCUUCGCACGGUGAUGAACAAACUGAUCCAGACGCUGCCGGAGUUCACAUCCCGACCCACCAAAGAGACCCUGCUGUCUCUGCUGCCUUUCUGUCUAGACACUCCCCAGGCCAACGACGGCGCACCCAAGACGCCCCGGUCCAAAACCUCAUCCCGUUUCCCCAGACUGGGCCGCAGCCGCAACCAGGAGACCAGACCUGAACCCCAGAGUGGUGACCUUUAACCCCCCCACCCCCACCACCAAUAUCUUUGAACUAAUAAUCUCUCACUGUUUAGGCUGAGGAUGUCCCUGUGUCCACCCUGGACUGUGAGGACAUUAAGGGCAUCUAACGGACCUUCAAAGCCUUUCAGAUUAAAGGCCUCAGUCGAGGAAGGGAGUUGGAGAUAUGUAAAUGUUUCUGUGCAUCGUCUGGCUGAGUAAAGGAUAAAUGACUCCCCCCCCCC